ACAGCUUGGAUGAUGCACUCGAACGUGAGAAUGGAGGCUUUGACACUUCCCACUUACUCAUCGAUCUUUUGAUGUCUUUGGCUUGCUUGAAAGAUCAACACGAGAUGCACAACAGCGCCUUACUGCGCCAAGAAUAGAAAGGUCCAUCGAUCGAAGCGUCCUUGGAAUCGCUCUGUUUGUGCUGUGCAUUGGCCAGCAAGGUAUUAGCUUGCACAAAGGCGACUCCAAAAGAUUGACUGAGUCACUCUUGCUUGCUGUGUGCAUCCUGUCCCUUCGAGAACUGAGAACCUGCUUGACACUACUACUACGAUACUAAAGGCAGAGAUGAUCACAGACGACACACUCGAGGCGCUGCGGUCCAACGAUGAGCGGUUGGACAAUUUGUUCUUGUACCUCGACGACUACUCUCUAUUCGAAGAUGACGACGGCCAGGAGCCCAUCACCCGAGCGUUGGUUGGCAACACGCGUGUUACGGCCGUCGAUUGCGACAUGCAUCUGGACACCAUGACGGAGACGCUGGGAGGUCUCAUGACGGCCAUUGGGAAAUUGUCGAGUUUGCAACGGCUGCGAUGUUCCUCCUCGGGAGAUUAUGCCGUCACCAUGGCGGCCCUGGCCACGGCGCUUACGGCUCAACGACACCUAAAGAGUCUGGAUUUGGCCAAUUUUUUGUUGCACAACGAACCUUCCUACCAAGACCUUUGUGAGGCGCUGCAGCAUCAUCCGACGCUGGAUACUGUUUCCUUGGGAUUUGGAUACAGCAGUGGUGCCUCGAACAACAGUAGCUUGACGCCUCUUUUGCAUGCCUUGCAGACUCUGCCCCGUUUGGAGUUGGUCCGCCUGGAUGGAGCUAGGUUUGCCAGUCGUCAAGCCUUGCCCCCCGAGGGACUGGCCGUUUUACUCAAAGGAACCAUGUCCACCCUGGAAGUACACGACUUUGAUUUGUCACCAUCUCAUCUCGAGGCUGUCGCCAAAGCUUUGGCAACCAAUACCCACCUCAAGGUCUUGUCAAUGUCGUGUCACAAAUUCUAUCCGGACAAGAGUGCCGCCACCGCAGCCUGGUCCCAAGCCCUGCGUGCCAACAGCACCUUGGAGACACUGCAGUUGCCCCACGAACUUCUUCUCGACCACAAAAAAGCCGUCGAUUUGACCGCACUCGCUGAAUUCUUGCACUCGCUCCGCGGGAAUGCGUCCUUGUGCCGGUUGCAACUCGUCGGUAGUACUGCGAGUGCGAGUGCAUCCUUGCCACAAACAGCGGCGUGUGCCUUUCGACACAUGUUGCAACACAAUUACGGACUUGUAUCCAUUCAACUCAUGCCCUGGUUUGAUACGGACGAAUGGCAAGCCGAAAUUUCGCUCUACACCAAGCUCAAUGCCAUGGGACGGGGGCGAUUAGUAGCGGCGCAAGAUUCUGAUUCCGAUUCCAAUUGCAGUAGCAAUAAGGAUAACCAAUGGAUGGAUGCAUUGGGACAAGUACAAGAUGAUUUGUCGUGUCUCUUUCAUUUGCUCUUGUUGAAUCCGCUCUUGUGCAGUGGUGGGGACAAGAGGUGAGUACGUUGGUCGGGGUCAAUGGAAGAGGUUGCACAGCUCCGCACACACACGAUCGAGACGAAGCGAUUCUGGCUAGAUAUAAUGUACGCAUGAUACGUAAAUUAGGCUACAUAACAUGUAUACCGUACCGGUACGUAG